AUGACAAAUAAAAUAAAAGCACUGCAAAAUAAAGUUAAUGAAGCCAAACUUGAACUAGACGAAACAACAAUCCAGCAUAUACCCUAUAUAUUGAAUGGUGAACUGUUUCGUAUCGAAAGUCAAAUUGGGGAUAAUGUAACCGUAAAAUGUUGCCAUUGUCCUCCGGAACGGAUUUAUCGCGGCAGUGUACGUUCCACGGGCAAUUUUCAUAUGCAUAUUAAGCGCCGUCAUGCAUCCUUACUGGGAAAGUUACAUGAAAUGAAAGUCGCAGCGCUAGUGGAACGUCGCGAUCGCAUUAUUAAAAAUCGUGCUUUGGGGGUUCAAAACCGUAAGAAAUCAUCGACGGCGUCAGGUACGGCUGUCGAUGAACCUGCGGCUAUCAAGGUUGAAAACAAUCACGAGCUAAAGAUCAAAACGGUAUUUCAACGUCACCAACAAGAAUACCAGCAGGAGGAGGCGGCAGCUAUGCGCAGUGGCACUACUGCCUGCGAUUCGCUGUUGGAAAAAACCAACCAAACGAAUAAAACGGACACUAACAACAAUAUUAAGCAUUUGCUUCAGGAUGUACGAAAUCUACCGAAUCUCAAUCCAGCAUUGGUCAGUGCUUUGAUUACAAAUCAAAAUGGAUCCGUAACCAUGCCCACCACCUACAAUCCAUCUACCUCCGUCGGUCAUGCUAUAGGGAAUGUACCACGCUAUUUGCCUUUCAAUGUGAUCAAACCAGAGCAAAACGCCCCAUUGCACCAAGAUUCAGAGGCUAUUGAUCUAAGCACUGGAUCGAUGUCAGGCGAUGACAAAGAACGAAGUGCUAAUACUUUGCAGGAGCCUCAAUCCACUCUUCCUCCUCAGUUAUCGCCCUAUGUCAGUGGAAUGCCACGCGAUAUCUUGCUCUUUAUUGACAAGAGGUUAAACGGAAUUAGACAGGAGCUGCAAAUGCGCAACCAAAUCGAACAGAAACGUUUACUUUUGGAGGCUGCCAAAUUCAAGUUCCUACAUCCCGAAUUUCAUUUUGAAACAUUUCAAUGAACUGAAUGGCACAAUUCAGUUUCAGAUCCAUUGAUGCAUUUUUACUAUACUUAAUUUGUAGUUCCUUGAA